AUGCCCGUUCCCCACCACUGCCCUAAACUCCGCUUCGUCCCCGCCGAAUCCCGUAAUCCCGACGUGGCCUCCGCCGCCGUUGACGGCGACUUCUUCUUCGAAGACCUCCCCACCAUAGAUUCGGACGACGACGGCGAAGGGGACUACUACGACGAGUGGCGCCUCCGCGGCUGCGACGGCGGCCUCCUCCUCCUUUCCCGCGGCCGCUAUGCUUUGGAUCUCGCCGCGUAUGACCCCCUCGCGCGGACAGCCGUCUUCUUCCGCCCUCCCCACGCCUGGCGCUAUUCGUCCCACAUCGUGCGCUACGCCAUCUUGGCGGACGAUGCGGACGCCUCGUUCCGGGUCAUCGUCAUGGAGCGCUGGGCCGGCUCACGCUCCGCCGUCUUCUCCUCCCGCACCCGCGAAUGGGACAUGCUUGAGUCGCCCGGUACGCCUGCGAUGUAUAACUUCAUCCCAUGCAGCACCGACGGCACGCCCGCGGGCCGCUACGUGUACUGGCGGUCAGACACCAAGAAGUCCCGGUAUUGCAAGGACGACGAGAAGAUCUUGGUGCUGGAGAUGGAAGCAAUGGUGUGGUCGGUUAUCAAGCCGCCAUUCCCUCCUGGCGAAUCGUACUGCGUCGCGGACAUGGCGGAGCACGGCGGGCUCUGCAUUGUGUCCAGCAAAGAGCAGUGCGUGCAGCUCUGGGUCCGUGACAGCAAUGCUGAGUGGAUGCUCAAGAAGGAGGUUUCGUUGCUGAAUGAGUUUGGAUACCUGAAGAAGCUUCGUCUUGAGGAGUGGAUGAAGCGCGUGCGCAUCCUGGCAAUGAAGGCUGGCUAUGUGUACAUGGAGUUUUGGUCCAUAGGGAAGCCCCAUUCAUAUCUGUUCGUGCUAAAUCUGAACACCACAAAGCUGGAAUUCUUCUGCAACAAGUCGACCGAGCCUCACAGAGGUCCUGCGUUUCCGUUCUUCAUGCGGUCGGCACCUCUGCCUGCUCCAGAUGAUGAUUAUUCAGUUUGGUUGGCAAACUUAACUGUCAUGAGCUUUCCUCCUCGCCUGAAUGGUUUUGCAGAAUGCCCUGUUUAUUUGGUCAAGUUGUUACUUCUAGCUUCGAUUAGCCGAAGUUGGGUUAAUUGGGGCAUAAGAGUGUCAUCCAGAUGUCAGUUUGAAUUGGAAUCACGGAAGCCGAUUGGAUAA